CGUCGGACAAAUAUAUUAACGAGAGACGUGGAAACGAGAACAACGCGAGGUGGCUAGUUGUCGUCGAAAUCGCAUAGUCGGAACAUUAUCGGUUAACAGUGAAAUUCGCGCAUUAAAGUCACUCAAUAUUCCGACGCAACGUUAAAUUUGAAUUUGACCGAGGAUUUUUCGGUAAGCCACAAUGCGUGUUAUUUUAUUGAUCUUUUUGAUGAGCAUGGUGACCAUGGUGAAGUCUGACCGCGAUCUAGGGAUUACGUUACCACAACUGCACAUUUGUAACCAAAGACAGAUGGAACUAGGAUGUAUAAAGCGCAGCAUAGAAUCAUUAAAGCCUCACUUGAAGGAUGGUCUUUAUUCUUUGGGUAUUCCGACGUUCAACCCGUAUUAUAUACCGACUUACGAUUUUUCCAUGUCGGGUAAAUACUCAAGCACCACGACGUUUUCGGAUAUAACAAUCUCCGGAGCAGCAGACUUCAAUAUAACGGAGUUCAACUACGCAAGGCAAAACAUGAUGUUAAAGGCGGAAUUCCCACAGAUUAAAUUGCGCACAAAAUACCAAGUAAUGACCAAUUAUACGGGGAAGCCCAUAAAAGUAGGCCGAUUCCCACUGACAGCAACUUUUAGAAACGUCACCGCCGACGUCGUUAUAUAUGGCGAAAAUUACGAUAAAACGGAAACAGGCGAGGAACAUUUUGAAGUGACGAAUGUCCAAGUGCGAUUGAAUAUCACUAAAAUCUGGUGGAGUAAAUCAUCGAGCUAUAACGAGAUGAUGACCAUUUAUUUGAAACAAUUUUUUAAAUAUCAAUGGCAGAUACUAAUGAACCAAAUACACCCGACGGCCGAAUGGUAUGCUGCCAAAGUUAUCAAGGAAACCGCUAACAACAUCUAUGCCAACUUCCCUCUGAGCGUAUUGUGUCCAGACUAGGCAUCUUCUUGCCCUCGUUUUAUAGCCGCGACGACGAGCUAGAUGUCUUUUUUUGUGAAAAUUGUAAAUUGUCGUAUAUCAACGUGCACGGCCGAUCGCGCGCGCGCGCGCGUGAUUGUUACAAAGUGAGAACUCGUGUGCGCUCGUUUGCAUGAUGGUUCGCGUUUGAUCCUUUUUCAGGCGAAGACGGUAAUCGCUCGUGACAGAGUCGGAAUGUCGGUACGCGGUGUAAACGGCAGCUCUUUAUUAUAUCUUCACCUGGGGACAAGUAGAAAUAUAAUGAAAGCACGUAUGGAAGAUUCUCAGUGAAAUCACAUUCCAACCGAAUCCUCCGUCGCACUUGCAACGCCGGACACGUCACGUGUACCGUCACUUUCGGCUUCUGUCCGAUGACCGAUUAGCUCGCUCGAUCAUAGUCAUUCGACGCGUUCUUUUAGCUUCACCGGUGAAAUAGCGCGCAGACGGUUGGUUAUACGAUAGACGGAUAGACGGAUAGACGGAUAGAUGGGGAGACGGAUAGACGGAUAGACGGGGAGACGGAUAGACGGAUAGACGGGGAGACGGAUAGACGGAUAGACGGAUUUCCACUCGAUUCGAUUUCAACACUUCCCUCCCGAUGCGGCUCGCAACGUCACCGAUAGUUUAACGAGAGAACUUUGUAAUUGAUUCCCGGAAGUUUAGUUCUCUGAUUGAAGCAUCUGCUACGACUCGAGCCGCAUCGCGAAUGAAGCGCGCAAAUCUCACGAUAAAAAUAAAACAAGAAUACGAAAUGUGAGUAUACAUAGUACUCAGCGGUCGCAGGUCAGCAAGAUCAUAAAAGUAUUUGUUUCCUGUAGAUAAAAAGAGAACUUUUUUUCCGAUGCAUGCAUAAUAUAGACAUUUUGUAUCGAGACGACAGAGAAAAUAAAAGUUACGAUAUGCGCGAAUGUACGAACUUAUAAAUUUGUACUUUGAGAGUGACAUAAUAAAACGUUAGGCAUGUGACCAGCGAA